UCAUCCUGCUGCUGCUGUAUUCUCCUCCUGUAUUUUCUCUGGAUCGCUGUCUGUUUCCAGGCUCCACUCACUCGUUCACUCGCUCUCUCGGAUAUUGAGGGGAACAUGGCCCCCGGUAGGAGGAAGCCCCGGCGGCCGCUGCUGAACUGAACCAUGGAUGUUGACAGAGUGUGUGUCCACACGUCGGAGCUGUUCUUCGGCUCAGUUUAGCUGCAGACGCCGCUCACAGGGCCACCUUUGCCCUGACAAAGCCUUUGAAGAUGAACAUGGUGAAGAGGAUAAUGGGACGGCCACGGCAGGAGGAGUGCAGUCCUCAGGACAACGCUCUGGGCCUGAUGCACCUGCGCCGCCUCUUCUCCGAGCUGUGCCACCCGCCUCGUCACAUGACCCAGAAGGAGCAGGAGGAGAAGCUCUACAUGAUGCUGCCCGUCUUUAACAGGGUGUUUGGAAAUGCUCCGCCCAGCACCAUGAUGGACAAGUUCUCUGACCUGCUGCAGUUCACCACACAGGUGUCUCGUCUCAUGGUGACCGAAAUCAGACGGCGUGCGUCCAACAAAUCCACAGAGGCAGCAAGUCGAGCCAUCGUUCAGUUCCUGGAGGUGAAUCAGAGUGAGGAGGCCAGUCGUGGCUGGAUGCUGCUGACCACCAUCAACCUGUUGGCGUCAUCUGGACAGAAAACAGUGGACUGCAUGACGACCAUGUCCGUCCCCUCCACUCUGGUCAAAUGUCUCUACCUGUUCUUUGACCUGCCUCACAUGACCGAGGCCCCGCUGGGCUCCACCCAGCAGCCGCCGCCCCCACUGCCGCCAGCGUCCACUCAGGAGAAGAUGCCAGUCCAGAGCCACAGUCAGCCGGAACUGCCGCUGGCUGACCGCAGGGCACUGCUGCAAAAAGUCUUUGUCCAGAUCCUUGUGAAACUCUGCACCUUCGUGUCUCCGGCUGAGGAACUGGCUCAGAAGGAUGACCUUCAGCUGCUUUUUAGCGCCAUCACCUCCUGGUGCCCCCCCCACAACCUGCCAUGGAGGAGGAGCGCCGGCGACGUGCUGACGACCAUCUCCCGCCAUGGCCUGAGCGUCAACGUGGUCAAAUACAUACACGAGAAGGAGUGUCUGUCCACGUGUGUCCAGAACAUGCAGCAGUCUGAUGACCUCUCACCUCUGGAGAUCGUGGAGAUGUUUGCCGGCCUGUCGUGUUUCCUCAAAGAUUCCAGCGAUGUGUCUCAGACGCUGCUGGACGACUUCAGGAUGUGUCAGGGCUAUGCCUUCCUUUGUGACCUCAUGCUCAGACUGGAACAGGCUAAAGAGGAUGAAUCCAAAGAUGCACUGAAGGACCUGGUUAACCUGGUUACCUGUCUGACCACGUAUGGAGUGACAGACCUGAAGCCUGCAGGACUCACCACCGGCGCCCCCUUCCUGCUGCCUGGAUUCAUUCUGCCACAGCCUGCAGGCAAAGGACACACGGUGCGGAACAUCCAGGCCUUCGCUGUCCUUCAGAACGCGUUCCUGCGUGCUAAAAGUAGCCGCUUAGCGUGCAUGCUGCUGGACGCCAUCGGGAACAUCUACGCAGCAGACCCGGCCAACUACUUCAUCCUGGAGUCGCAGCACACGCUGUCGCAGUUUGCAGAGCGUGUGGCUAAAAUGGCUGACGCUCAGGUCAAGUACUUUGAGCUGCUGGAGUUCGUGGUCUUCAGCCUUAACUACGUUCCGUGUAAGGAGCUGUUCAGUGUGAGCGUGCUACUCAAAGCCAGCACGUCGCACGCCUGCAGUGUCACGGCCGUGCGCACGCUGCUGAAGCUGGCGAGACACGACCCGGUGUUCAGUGAUGUCCUCAGAGAGGUGGGUCUGCUGGAGGUGCUGGUCAACCUGCUGCACAAGUACGCUGCCUUGCUCAAGGACCCGGCCACGCAGCAGCCGCCAACGCCACACAGCAACGACCAAGCUGAGUGUAAGAAAAACUCAGUAGCUGAGGAGCAGAAACAGUUAGCCUGGUUAGUGAUGGACACACUGACCGUUCUGCUGCAGGGCAGCAACAUCAGCAGCACGAAUGCAGCUCUGUUCAGAGAGUUUGGCGGCGCUCGCUGCGUCCACAACAUCGUGAAGUAUCGUCAGUGUCGUGAACAUUCCCUCUGCAUCAUCCAGCAGCUCAUCCUCUCUCCUACUGGAGACGACGACAUGGGAACUCUACUGGGACUGAUGCACUCAGCCCCGCCCACUGAGCUGCAGCUCAAGACUGACAUCCUGAGGGCACUGUUGGCGGUGCUUCGUGAAAGUCACCGCACACGUACGGUCUUUCGUAAAGUGGGUGGUUUCGUGUACGUCACUUCUCUGCUGGUUGCCAUGGAGCGCUCACUGUGUCAGCCACCGCGUCACGGCUGGGAGCGCGUCAACCAGAACCAGGUGUUUGACCUCCUGCUCACCGUCUUCUGCACGCUCACCGCCGCCAUGCGCUACGAACCCGCCAACUCGCACUUCUUCCGCACAGAGAUCCAGUUUGAGAAGCUGGCGGACGCCGUGAGGCUGCUCGGCUGUUUCUCCGACCUGAAGAAGAUCUCGUCCACCGCCGCGUUUCCCUCCAACGCUCAGCCUUUCCAGAGGCUGCUGGAGGACGACGCUGCCCCCGGAGGCUGUGCAGGAGACAGCGUUUGUCCCACACUCAGACACUGCAGCAAACUCUUCAUCUACCUGUACAAGAUGGCCACCGACUCCUUCGACAGUCGUGCGGAGCAGCUUCCUCCCUGUCUGACUCAUGAGACCUCGCUGCCCUCACCCUGGGGCACGCCUGCCCUCGCCAGGAAGAGACAUGGUUACUACGGGACGUCCGCCUCCUCCUCCUCCUCCUCCUCCUCCUCCGCCCCAGCCAAAGCCCUCACUGACCUCAAACUCCAACUCUCUAGCCCCGUCCACCAUGUGUCCUCCUCUUCCUGGUCUGACAUGGUGGUCAUCCACCCGGGGGCGGUGCUGGCCAUGCUGGACCUGCUGCCGUCCGUCUGCUCCGACAGCCAACCAGAGCAUGCACUGGACCUGCAGCUGGCCGUGGCUAACAUCCUGCAGCUACUGGUGAACAGUGAGAGGAACCAGCAGGUUCUGUGUGAGUCCAGUCUGCACCAACGUGUGCUGCAGCGCUGCAGUCACGCUCUGAGUGAUGAAGAUCACCCGCUGCACCCCCCGCUGCAGAGGAUGUUUGAGAGGCUGGCAUCACAGGCUCUGCAGCCCAUGGCCCUCAGAGAAUUCUUACGUCUGGGAAAUCCUCUCAACUGUGGAGCCUGGGACAAGAAGCUGCUCAAACAAUACAGAGUCCACAAACCCAGUUCACUGAGCUACGACGUAGACAUGAGAGGCAGUAUGACCAUGUCCAUGGAAGGCUUUGGCCCCGACAGCGUCUUCACGACUCCGGCGGAGGAUAACGGUCAGUAUCGUAUCAGCCGCAGUCUGGUGCGGUCAGCAGAGGGCAGCACUGUUCCUCUCACCCGAGUCAAGUGUCUAGUCUCCAUGACGACGCCCCAUGACAUCCGCUUGCAUGGGUCUGCUGUUACGCCAGCGUUUGUGGAAUUUGACACAUCGCUGGAAGGUUUCGGGUGUCUGUUUCUGCCCAGUGUAGCUCCUCCUCACAACUCUCCCUCUAGUGCCACCACCAGCUCAGCUGUCACUGACGGAACAGUUCUAAGUGGAAUGGGCUCAGGGGAGCGCUUGUUUCCUCCACCCUCAGGACUCAGUUACUCCUCCUGGUUCUGUGUGGAGCGCUUCAGUUCUCCGCCUCACUGUCACUCUGUCCGUCUGCUGACCGUGGUCCGUCGGGCCGUGUCUUCAGAGCAGCACUACGUCUGUCUCGCCGUGGUUCUGUCCACCAAAGACCGAACACUGACCGUGUCCACCAAGGAGGAGCUGCUGCAGACGUACUCUGACGAGUGGAGCGAGGAGUCGAGCUUCUACGAGCUGCUGCCGUGCUGCGCUCGUUUCCGCUGUGGCGAGCUGAUCGCGGAGGGUCAGUGGCACCACCUGGUGUUGGUGAUGAGUAAAGGCAUGCUGAAGAACAGCAUGGCCACGCUGUACAUCGACGGACAGCUCGUCAACACGGUCAAGCUUCACUACAUCCACAGUGCUCCGGGCGGCUCCGGCUCCGCUAACCCUCCCGUGGUCAGCACGGUUUACGGUUACGUGGGGACGCCGCCGGCUCAGCGCCAGCUCUCCAGCCUGGUGUGGCGCCUGGGGCCGAGUCACUUCCUGGAGGAGGUUCUGCCCGCCUCCAGUGUCACCGCCAUCUUUGAACUGGGCCCCAACUAUGUGGGCAGUUUCCAGGCCGUGUACCUGCCAUGUAAAGACGUGUCCCCUGCGUGUCCAGUGGUGCUGGUUCCAGAGGAGAAAGUGUCUUUCAGUCUGUACGCGGUCUCUGUGUCCACACUGACUGUCGCCAAGAUCAGGAAAGUUUACAACAAACUGGACAGUAAAGCAAUCGCUAAACAGCUGGCCGUGUCGUCUCAUGAAAAUGCGACCCCAGUCAAGCUGAUCCAUAACGCCGCUGGUCAUCUCAACGGUCCCGCCCGCACCAUUGGAGCAGCUGUGAUUGGUUACUUAGGCGUCCGCGUCUUCGUCCCCAAACCUGUCGCCACCAACCUGCAGUACGUGGGCGGGGCGGCGGCCAUCUUGGGUCUGGUUGCCAUGGCGUCAGAUGUGGAGGGUCUGUAUGCAGCCGUGAAAGCUCUGGUGUGUGUGGUGAAGAGUAACCCGCUGGCGAGUAAGGAGAUGGAACGCAUCAAAGGUUACCAGCUGCUGGCCAUGCUGCUGAAGAAGAAACGCUCACUGCUCAACAGUCACAUCCUUCAUCUGACCUUCUCUCUGGUGGGCACGGUCGACAGCGGCCACGAGACCUCCAUCAUACCCAACUGCACCGCCUUCCAAGACCUGCUGUGUGACCUGGAGGUUUGGCUUCACGCCCCCUACGAGCUCCACCUCUCUCUGUUCGAGCACUUCAUCGAGCUGCUGACCGAGUCCAGUGAGGCGGCAAAAAAUGCCAAACUUCUGCGAGAGUUUCAGCUGAUUCCUCGUCUGCUGCUGACGCUCAGAGACAUGACGCUGUCACAAGCCACGGUGACUGCUGUCAGCAACGUCCUGAGUCUGCUGCUGCACGGCUUUACACACACACAAGACCUGCUGAGGUUCGGUCAGUUCAUUUCCUCGACUCUGCCCACGUUUGCCGUGUGUGAGAAGUUUGUCGUCAUGGAAAUAAACAAUGAGGAGAAAAUUGAUUCAGGCAACGACGAGGACUUUGGAGGUUUGUUGUCUGCAAACCUGAUCCUGCUGAGGAACCGACUGUUGGAAAACCUGCUGCAUCUGCUCUUCACCUCCAAAGAGAAGAGCAGCGUCAACGCUCAGGCGUGUGAGGAGCUGGUGCGGACGCUGGGCUUUGAUUGGCUGCUGAUGUUCAUGGAGGAACAUGUUCACUCCAGCACGGUGACAGCGGCGCUGUGGAUCCUGGUGGUUCUACUCUCUAACCAGUCCAUUCUCAACCGCUUCAAAGAGGGCGUGUGUGGCGGCGGCUGGCUCGACCACACCGACUCAGUGCUGACAAAUAAGAUCGGCACCGUGCUGGGUUUCAACGUGGGCCGCAGCGCCGGCGGACGCUCCACGCUGAGAGAGAUCAACCGGGACGCGUGUCAUUUCCCAGGAUUCCCUGUGCUGCAGACGCUGCUGACCAAACACACCAAUGUACCGGAGCUGUACUUCCUGCUGAUGGCGCUGUUUCUGCAGCAGCCAGUCACAGAGCUGCCAGACAGUCUGCAGGUACAUUUUGACCUGGACUCUAUCUGGACCUUCAUCUUCGGUGUCUCCGCCUCCAGUGGAGCCGUGCUCAGCUCCGUCCACAGCGUCUGCACUGAGGCCGCGUUUCUGCUGCUCGCUAUGCUACGUAGCAUGUUCAACCUGCCGUGGCAGUCGGAGGAGGAGGGUUCGUGGCUCAGAGAAUACCCCGUCACACUCAUGCAGUUCUUCAGGUACCUCUACCACAACGUGGCUGAUCUGGCGCCCAUGUGGCACAGCCCAGACUUCCUGUGCGCCCUGGCGGCCUCCGUCUUCCCCUUCAACAUCAGGCCGUACUCUGAGAUGGUCAGUGAUCUGGACGAUGAAGCCGGUUCUCCCAUUGAGGAGUUCAAAGCGUUCUCUGGAGACUCGGGAAUGAACCGCAGUCAGUCCGAGUACUGCAACGUCGGCUCCAAGACGUCGCUCACCAACCACCCUGCCAAAAAGUAUGUCUUUGACUUCAUGAGGGUUCUGAUCAUGGACAACCUGUGUACGACACCGGCAAGCAAGCAGACGCCGGUCAUCGACCUGCUGCUGGAGGCGUCUCCAGAACGUUCCACCAGAACGCAGCAGAAAGAGUUUCAGUCCAGUGUCCUUGACGGUGUCAUGGAACAUCUGCUGGCCGCAGAUGUCCUGUUAGGUGAAGAUGCGUCUCUGCCACUCAGCAGCAGUGGCAGUUAUCACGUCCUCGUCAACAACGUCUUCUACUUCACUCAGCGAGUGGUGGACAAACUGUGGCAGGGAAUGUUCAACAAGGACUCCAAGAUGGUGGUGGACUUCAUCGUCCAGCUCAUAGGACAGUCUAAGAGGCGGGCCCAGGGUCUGUCUCUGGACGUCAUCUAUCACAGUCUCAAUCGGACCGUGCUGUACCAGCUGAGUCGACCUCAUAAGACAGUGGCUCAGCAGGUGGCGCUGCUGGACGCCCUGCGUGUUCUGACCGUCAACCGUAACCUGGUUCUGGGUCCAGGAAACCAUGACCAGGACUUUGUGGCAUGUUUGGCUCACUGCUUCAUUUGCCUGCACAGCGGGAGCAGCGUGGACGGCUUCGGUCUGGAGGCCGAGGCCAGGAUGACGACAUGGCACGUGAUGAUGGCCACGGAGAACGAGGCGGAUGCCACGCACAACCACGACGUUAGUGAGGGGCGACAGCUGCUGCUGAAGGCCGUUAACCGUGUGUGGACAGAGCUGAUGCACAGUAAACGUCAGAUGCUGGAGGACAUUUUCAAAGUGUCUCUGCCGUGCAACGACCGAGGACACGUGGACAUCGCCACAGCGCGCCACGCCCUAGAAGAACCCGCGCUCAAAAGCUGGCAGAACCACUUGGUACAUGAGAGGAAGUGCAUCAGUCGUGGUGAAGCUGUGGCUCCAGCGUCUCAGUCCAAACUGUCACGGGUUAGCAGUGGCUUCGCUUUGUCCAAGUUAACGGGCGUUCGUCGUAACAAGAAGGAGAACAGUCUGAACAAGAACAAUGUUUCAGCACAGGAGACGUUUCAGUGGAUGUUCACUCACAUCGCGGUGGUCAGAGACCUGGUGGCUCUGCAGUACAAAGAACAUCAGGAGCGGCAGCAGAACGCUCUGAAGUACGUGACAGAGGAGUGGGCGGGGAUCGAGUACGAGCUGCUGCGUGAGCGCGGUCUGUGGGGUCCGCCCAUCGGCUCUCACCUGGACAAGUUCAUGUUGGAGAUGACGGAGGGUCCGUGUCGCAUGAGGAAGAAGAUGGUUCGUAACGACAUGUUCUACAUCCACUACCCUUACAGUCCUGACACAGAGAACAGCGCCACCUCUGCUCAGAAGCCUCUGCGUUACCGGCGCGCCGUCAGCUAUGACAGUAAAGAAUACUACAUGCGUCUGCUGUGUGGAAAUCCCGGCAUGUACCAGCACUCAGUGGAACACAGCACAGAGGGAGAGACGCCGCCGCACGAGCCCGAGCACGGCGAGGACACCAUCGCCAGGGUCAAAGGUCUGGUGAAGGCGCCGCUCAAACGUUCUCGGUCGACGGCGGAUGGCGGCGAUGAAGACGGUCAGGAGCAGAUUCAGGAUCAGCUGAUGGAGUCUGGAGGCCUGGAGGACGAGCAGAGGACGGACAACACGUCACUGCUGCGCCUCCUGGAGGACGGAGAGAAGAUCCAGCACAUGUACCGAUGCGCCCGGGUCCAGGGUCUGGACACCGGCGAGGGGCUGCUGCUGUUCGGGAAAGAACAUUUCUACGUUAUCGACGGUUUCACCAUGACCGUGUCCCGUGAGAUCAGAGACAUCGACACACUGCCGCCAACUUUACAUGAGGCCAUCAUCCCCAGAGGAGCGAGACAAGGUCAGAGUCAGUUAAAGAGAAGCUGCAGCAUCUUUGCCUACGAGGACAUUAAAGAAGUUCACAAGAGGAGAUACCUGCUGCAGCCAAUGGCAGUGGAGGUUUUUUCUGCAGAUGGAAGGAACUACCUGUUAGCUUUUCAGAAAGGAGUCCGCAACAAAGUCUACCAGAGGUUCUUGGCUGUGGUGCCUUCACUGACCGACAGCUCUGAGUCUGUUUCAGGUCAAAGGCCAAACACCAGUGUGGAGCAGGGGUCUGGAUUACUCAGCACUCUGGUUGGUGAGAAAUCAGUGACUCAGCGGUGGGAGCGUGGAGAGAUCAGUAACUUCCAGUACCUGAUGCACCUGAACACGUUGGCCGGUCGCUCGUAUAACGACCUGAUGCAGUAUCCAGUUUUCCCGUGGAUCCUGGCCGACUAUGACUCUGAGGAGUUGGACCUGAAUAACACGAAGACAUUCCGUAACCUGUCCAAACCAAUGGGCGCGCAGACGGACGACAGACUGACACAGUACAAGAAGAGGUACAAGGACUGGGAGGAUCCUAACGGUGAAACCCCGGCGUACCACUACGGCACACACUACUCCUCCGCCAUGAUUGUGGCGUCUUACCUCGUCCGUAUGGAGCCGUUCACUCAGAUCUUCCUCAGACUUCAGGGAGGACACUUUGACCUGGCAGACAGGAUGUUCCACAGUGUGCGUGAAGCCUGGCUCUCCGCCUCCAAACACAACAUGGCCGACGUCAAAGAGCUCAUCCCAGAGUUCUUCUAUCUGCCAGAGUUUCUGCUCAACUCCAACAACUUUGACCUGGGAGCCAAACAGAACGGAACCAAGUUAAGUGACGUCAUCCUGCCGCCGUGGGCCAAGGGCGACCCACGAGAGUUCAUCAGAGUCCACAGAGAGGCUCUGGAGUGUGAUUAUGUGUCGUCUCACCUUCACGAGUGGAUCGACCUGAUCUUCGGUCAUAAGCAGCAGGGACCUCCUGCUGUGGACGCGGUGAACGUCUUCCACCACCUGUUCUAUGAAGGACAGGUGGACAUUUACAACAUCAACGACCCGCUCAAAGAGACGGCCACCAUCGGCUUCAUCAACAACUUUGGACAAAUCCCCAAACAGCUGUUUAAGAAACCACACCCUCCCAAACGUGUUCGCAGUAAAGCUAACGGAGACGUAGCAAACGUUCCUCCGAGUGCUAACAGCGACAAGAUCUUCUUCCAUCAUCUGGACAAUCUGAGACCUUCACUGACACCUGUGAAAGAGUUGAAGGAGCCCGUGGGUCAGAUUGUGUGCACAGAUAAAGGAGUCCUGGCUGUGGAGCAGAACAAAGUUCUGGUCCCGCCCUCCUGGAGUAAGACGUUUGCGUGGGGUUACGCUGACCUCAGCUGUCGCUUAGCAAACUACGAGUCUGAUAAGGCCCUGGUCGUGUACGAGUGUUUGUCCGACUGGGACCAGAUUCUCUGCUCCAUCUGUCCAAACCCAAAACUGGUCAUCACAGCCGGAACCAGCACUGCCAUCUGUGUGUGGGAGACAGGGAUGAGCAAGGAGAGAGCCAAGACCCUGACCCUGAAACAGGCGUUACUGGCUCACACUGACGCGGUCACAUGUCUCACGGCGUCAGCGUCAUACCACAUCGUGGUCAGCGGCUCCAGGGAUCGAACCUGCAUCAUCUGGGACCUGAACAAACUGUCGUUCAUCACACAGCUGCGAGGACACCGCGCGCCCGUCUCUGCUCUCUGCAUCAACGAGCUGACGGGUGACGUUGUGUCGUGCGCUGCCACACACAUCCAUGUGUGGAGUAUUAACGGGAGUCCUCUCGCCAGCGUGAACACGUUCACGGGCCGCAGUCAGCUGAUCCUGUGUGUGUGCGUGUCUGAGAUGAACGAGUGGGACACACAGAACGUCAUCGUCACGGGUCACUCUGACGGCGUCGUCAGGUUUUGGAGGACGGAGUUUCUCCAGGUUCCAGAAACUCCCGCUCCUCAGCCCGUCGAGCCCGACGUGUCCGACUGCUGCCAUGACGACAAGAUUGAAGGUGGUGAGAGUCACCAUGGCGACGACGACAGCAGCGAGUCGGAUGCAGACGAACAAAGUCAAGAGUCCAAAGAACCAGGAGGAGGAGGAGGAGGGAGUCAGGCCAACAGCACCACCCACAGGCCCACAGCAGCAGGUGUGUCGUGGACGAUGAUGGACAGCGUCUCCGAGGACAGUCACCGUUGGUCAGAUUCUCUGAGCAUCGAUGAGAAAGACGGUUUUGUGUUUGUGAAUUACUCUGAAGGUCAAAGCAAAGGUCAACUCGCUUUCGUAGGCCACACCUCCUCGCAGCCACCUCCACCAAUGACGACGACAGUGGCAGAGGCUCGAACCUACAACCAGCUGAGGGCGGGUCACAGGUGGGAGCGUCAGCUGGUUUUCCGCAGUAAGCUAACGAUGCACACGGCAUUUGAUCGUAAAGAUAACGCUCAGCCGGCAGAAAUCACCGCUCUCUCCAUCUCCAAGGACCACAGUAAGAUCCUGGUGGGGGAUGGACGUGGGCGUGUCUUCAGCUGGUCCGUGAGCGAGCAGCCUGGACGCUCAGCGGCCGAUCACUGGAUCAAAGACGAGGUGGUGGACAGUUGUUCAGGCUGCAGCGUCCGCUUCUGUCUGACCGAGAGGAGACAUCACUGCAGGAACUGUGGACAGCUCUUCUGCCACAGGUGCAGUCGUUUCCAGUCAGAGAUCAGGAGGUUAAAGAUCUCGUCUCCGGUCAGAGUUUGUCAGAACUGUUAUUUUAACCUGCAGCACGAGCGCGGUGCCACAGCUAACAUUAGCACUGUUGCUAACGGAGGCGGAGACAGCAGUGGUGUCUGAAACUGAGGCUCCUCCCACACAAGCCACACCUCCAUCCACUUUCUGCAGCAGGAGGUCGUGACAUCAUCAUCACCAUGACGAUGAAGGUCAUUCACCACUUUAUUACCCGCUGCACGUUACGCCCACUCUGUGGAAGCUCCACCCCCUCACAGGUUCAAAGACACUUGUCCAUAAUGUAAAUAAUGACACAACCUUUUUAACACAAAGGUCAACAAAAAAUAAACAAACACAGAGGAUUGUGGGUAAUCAGUCACAGAGAACAAGGUUUUUUUCUUUAUCAGCCAAGUUUUACUCACACACACUAUUACACAAACACACACACUAUUACACACAAACAC